AUGCAAUUCUUAUUGUAUUCAAUAUGCUUCCUAUUGCUCCUCGUAUAGGUUCAAACAUAGGAUGAGAAUGAGAUUAAGUGUGACUAAUAUUUUGUGAACAUUACCACAGCCAUACUCAUGGGAAAAAUGCCAACCAAUCUGUCACCGUAAACAAUUCUAAGCUCAGCAAAAGGACUUUAAGAUUUAGGUUCCUAUCUGGUUUGUAAGGAUUCUGCGGAUUUACAUUACAUUCAUCUCAGAAUGAUGAGCGAAGGAAAACCUAUGCAUAUGGGUUUUUGUUUACCCGAAUAUUGCGAAUAGAGUCACCUCCAAAAAUAUAACACCCCAACCAAAGAUCUCAUCAACAAUUUUACUAUGCGUCUAUAUAACAAAUCAAUGGUCGACAGCGCUUCCUACUAAGAUCCAGAUUUAAUUUAUCCGUCAUGGACUGUAGGAACCUAUUUGACUCUAGUUCUGUUGAUUGUCAUAGUGGCACUCAAUGUUAUCGGAAGCAUCUUUUCGAUUAUAGCAGAAAACAAAAAAUAAGCGUAUUAAGAUGACCUGAAGACAGAGAUCAAGAGGAAAGCAGCCCAGAAAAUAAAUGAGUCCCACUAGGAUGAGAAUUCAUUAAAGGACUCCAUAUCUCAACUCUACAAGAGAUCAGAAUUGAUUUGUAAAUAAAUAAAUAAAUUAUAUUUAGAAAAUGAAAUCAUGGAGAAUCAGGAAUCUGCUUUCAUGAGUGGCAAAGGUUAAUUCGAAGAAAUCAAAUACAAGAAAUACAAAGAACCAUCUUGGGAAAGAUUCGCUUUGAGUUUCUCCUUUAUCCACAAUUACCAAAAACUAUUUAAGAUUAAUGAACCCAAAGGUGAGAAUGCUGGAUUUGUGAUUUUUAAUGGCAUAAGAUCAUUGUCAAUAUUUUGGGUAAUUUAUGGUCACGAUCAACUCAUUCGAGGCUCCAAUUCCUUCAAUUUGAUAGAUAUACCAUACAAGAUCACUGAAGCCGGAUGGCUCACACUCACACCAGCUGCAUACUUUGCUGUCGACACCUUCUUUUUUGUGGGAGGAUUCUUGGCUGCUGUUUUACUUCUGGAAAAGUUGACCAAAUUGAGGUCCAUCAAGUUUUCAUUGGUGCCAGCAAUGUGGGUACAUAGAUUCUUAAGAAUAUGGCCUACAUAUGCAUUUUGCAUUCUAGUGUAUUGGCAAUUGACUGUUUAUUGGUCAGAUGGACCUAUCUGGAAUGAAUAUAUAGAGUAUACCUCCACUUGCAAUACUUAAUGGUGGAAGAAUCUAUUAUUCAUUGACAACAUGUUUUCACAUGAUGCCAGUGGAUUGAACUAUUGUUUUGGUUGGGGUUGGUAUCUAUCCAACGAUUUCCAGAUCUUUCUUAUCACUCCAAUAUUAUUGAUUAUCUAUGCUAAAAACAGAAAAAUUGGAUUAGCUCUUAUUAUUUCAAUGCUAAUCGGAAGCGUAUUUUCAGCCUAUUACAUAGCUUAUUCUCACGAUUACCAUUUAUAAAUGGCCACUCCUAAUGCUAAACCACAGCCAGACUAUCAAGAUGUUUUCUACUUCAAACCUUGGAUCAGGAUCUCUCCCUACCUCAUAGGCAUCCUAUUUGGAUUCUUCUAUUGCAAUUACAUUAUGGCAUAGAAAAUUAAGGACAGCGUAGUUAUCAGAACCCUAUUCUAUGUCUUCGGAAUCGGGUUGACUUAAACGAUCAUUUGGAUCAUAGUCCCUCUUUAAAAGGACAUGAAUGCUUGGCCUCCUUAAGCCUAAUAUUUCUACUAAGCCUUUAACAGAGUGUUUUUUGUCAUAGGUGUUGGAUUGUGCAUUACUCCUGCUCUUUUGGGUUGCAAAAAUGAUCCGUCAAGAUUUAUACUCGGACAUCCCUUUUGGCAACCCAUAGCCAGAAUAUCGUUCUGCAUGUACUUGACACAUUUCAUAGUGAUUCUGUUCAUGACCUUCAGCACCACUCAAUUGGUUUAUUAUCAGUAAUCACACAUUCUCUAUUUCACCCUCACUGACAUUGUGUACACUAUUAUUAUUGGGGGCCUCUUAAGUUUAGCCAUUGAAGUGCCUUGCAUGAAUCUUGAGAAGAUUCUGUUUGCUCCCAAGAAACAAGAAGCCGCAAAGAUGAAUGCCAAUCAAGUAGAAAGUAGGAAUGAUUUAUGAUUAAUUGUUAUAUGUGUUG